GGGGGGGAGGCGCGUGGGGAAAUGUGCCGAGGGGCCCGGGCUCCGCGGGGCCAGUCCCGGCGACGCAGCCACCCGCGCGCACGCGCUCGCUCGGCCACCCGCGCCCCGAGCCUCAGUCCGCGCUCGGCGCCGGGGGUCUGCGGGCCCUUUGGGCUCCGGGCGGCGCGAGGGGCGAGCGGGAGCCGGCAGCGCGGGACGCCGAGCGCCAGGCGCCGGCCAAGCUGCUGCGCGCCUGGGCGCCCGGCGGGGUUGGGGACGGUCGCUGGGUGCCGAAGAGCCGAGCUAGCCGAUUGCAGCGGAAAAGCAAAGCCUCAGCCAUGUCCCACACAUGCGUCACCAAAGAUGACAAGGUCAACCAUGAUGACCCGACCCAAACAAACCCUUCCCCCCAUCUCCCUACUCCCCUCCCACCCCCGGUGGAAAAACAACUCAAAGAGUCUGCACACUGAUAAGAAUGGGUCAGUAGCUCUAACGCUGAUGCAGAAAGAGAACACGCUUUUCGACUGCAGGGCAUGUCUGAGAGGGUAAACCGGAGACCCGGAAAGCUGGCGCGAGUGUAAGCCUCUGACUGGUGGACCCGUCUUCCUUUUUCCCUUGCAGAUGUCACAGUGGAUCCUUUGCCUCCAGGACACCUUAAGGUGAGAGUAAGAUCUCUGGCUGGCUGGAAUCCGCCUAGAGGAGUGUAAGGCAGCCAUGGACAUGGAGUACGAGCUACUCAAUGAGAGCCGCCCGUGGCUUUCCCCUCCCUUUGACCUCAAUGGCUCUGUGGUGGCGGCCAACGGCUCCAACCAGACAGAGCCAUACUAUGAUCUGACCAGCAACGCAGUCCUCACGUUCAUAUAUUUUGUAGUCUGCAUCAUUGGAUUGUGUGGCAAUACGCUUGUCAUUUACGUCAUCCUCCGCUAUGCCAAGAUGAAGACCAUCACCAACAUUUACAUCCUCAACCUGGCCAUCGCGGACGAGCUCUUCAUGCUGGGUCUGCCCUUCCUGGCCAUGCAGGUGGCUCUGGUCCAUUGGCCCUUUGGCAAGGCCAUCUGCCGGGUGGUCAUGACUGUGGAUGGCAUCAAUCAGUUCACCAGCAUUUUCUGCUUGACGGUCAUGAGCAUCGAUCGAUACCUGGCUGUGGUCCACCCCAUCAAGUCGGCCAAGUGGAGGAGACCCCGAACGGCCAAGAUGGUCAAUGUGGCUGUGUGGGGAGUGUCUCUGCUGGUCAUCUUGCCCAUCAUGAUCUAUGCUGGGCUUCGGAGCAACCAGUGGGGGAGAAGCAGCUGUACCAUCAACUGGCCAGGUGAAUCUGGGGCAUGGUACACAGGGUUCAUUAUCUACACCUUCAUCUUGGGGUUCCUGGUGCCCCUCACCAUCAUUUGUCUUUGCUACCUGUUCAUUAUCAUCAAGGUGAAGUCCUCUGGGAUCCGCGUGGGUUCCUCCAAGAGGAAAAAGUCUGAGAAGAAGGUCACCCGGAUGGUGUCCAUAGUGGUGGCCGUCUUCAUUUUCUGCUGGCUCCCCUUCUACAUAUUUAAUGUCUCCUCCGUGUCUGUGGCCAUCAAUCCCACCCCAGCGCUUAAAGGCAUGUUUGACUUUGUGGUGGUCCUCACCUAUGCUAACAGCUGUGCCAACCCUAUCCUGUAUGCCUUCUUGUCUGACAACUUCAAGAAGAGCUUCCAGAAUGUCCUCUGCUUGGUCAAGGUGAGCGGCACAGAUGACGGGGAACGGAGUGACAGUAAGCAGGACAAAUCCCGGCUGAAUGAGACCACAGAGACCCAGAGAACCCUCCUCAAUGGGGAUCUCCAGACCAGUAUCUGAACUGCCUGAAAAAUAAAAAAUAGAAUAAAACGCCAAGCUCUGCCAAGUGGCAAUAUGCUCCCUGCCCCCAUGCCUUCCCUUCCUCUUGCCCAUCACACCUGGCUUCUAGAAUAGGGAAUUGCUCAGCAUGAGUCCAAUCAGAGAACAGUGUUUGAGUCUGCUUGUCUGAGUGAAUGAUAAUGUAUUAAAUUGAUUACCUCCCCCUUAAAGCGAACAUUUAAAUGCAGGCAGACAAUUCCAAGUCAGGAGAAGAGAUCAUGCCUGGGUAUGAUCUGUAGAAAUGGUGACGCUCAACAAAGAUAGGAAAGUAUGUCUGCAUGUUCAAAACCUAAUAUGUAAUCUUGUGGUCUUAACGUUUAUACUUAUCUAUUCUAUUCCUCUCUAGUCCCUGUACAGUCAUUCCUACGUUCCCUGUGUUCAAGUACACGAGUAGCGAGUUGAAGUGUGCAUAGUAUAGGUGGACAUUUGUUACAAUAUGGAACCCACAGAAGUGGACUUACCAUGAAGCCAAUAAAGUUUAAGCUUCAGGGAUCUCACAUGCUUGGGCAGUAUUUUCACAUGACCACAUGUUUUUGUAAAAAAUUGUAAAAGGAAGGUAUUUUUGUAUUCUUUUUCUUAAAGACAUCUCCUUAAAGCUUCCAGCCUCUCAAACCCACCUCUGCCCCCUGGGUAUUUGCUUCUAUUUAAUUUCCAGCAAGUUGGAUCAGAGUGAGAAAGGCAAAGGAGUUAUUUGAGGACCCAGACUAUAAAUUCAUGUGUUUUCUCUCCUUAGAUAUAAUCAAAGAAUCAUUCAUUUACCCAAAAGGACUUAAAUGCUUGGGGGGGGGGGGCACCGAUUAUUGUAUUUAUCAAGACAAAGCCUGCUUUGUUGUAAGAUUGCAUUUGUUCCUUCUUAAUUUGCUUUGGUCUUUCUUAGGGAGCCAUGGAAGGGGAGGGUGGAGGCAAUCACCAACAUGACAGGCAAAAAGUUGACUGGAAUUCUUGUGGGGAAACCAUUUAAUCCUCCCCCACCAUGAAAAUAAAUGAAUAAGAAUAAAACAAGAUUACACCUUGAUGAGAACCCACGAAAUUCUUCUUUUAAAAAAAGGCAGACAGGACUUCCUAAUGAAGGAAAAUGGAAAUAUAAUCUAACAAUGCCUUGAUUUUUGUUUUUUUAAGGAGUUGAUACAAAGCCAGGCACUAAGAAAACCACAGUACACACUAAAGACCCAAGGAUGCUAUUCCUGAAACAUAGGCAUGGGAGCCAGCCAACCAAAGUGUAGCAGGUAGGGGGUGCCUGGGUAGGAGUGGUGGCGGGAGUCCCAUCCCUCACAGGUAUGCCUGUGCCACCUUCCCCGCCCACCAUAUACAAAUUGAACAUCGACCUUCAACGCCACAGACUCUGAGCUGUCCUCAAGCAUGGUCACAGACGGGCACUCCACACCAUCGGGGACAUUUUUCUGUGCCUGAAAUGGUAGAUGGGCUCACGUACAAAGCAGUAAGAGACGAGAUGAUGCCCAUUUCACUGAGCAAAAUUUCCAGGGUAUGAAGAUAUAACACGUGGGUGUUUGUAAGGAUGCCAUCAUCUCUGGGUUUCUGUGAAAGCCUCACUCCCUGAGUGUCUCACAUAUAGAUUUUACCAUGUUUAAAAAGGAGCCUUCCUCUUCUGGCUCCCUAAGCAAGGCCCAUUUGACAGAAUGACUAAGAACCCCACCUGUAGCGUUGCUGUUAAUGUGCCGCCUUCGUUCUGUCUAUAUUAUUCAUGCCACCUCAUUCCCGAAAGGACUCACUGCGGCCUAGAAAAAUGUGCUCAGUAAUAUUAUGAUAGAUAAGUAAAUCCACGCAAAAACUAAAAGAGGCACAAUUAUAAGAUGAGACUAUAGGAAAAGCCGUGACCCAAAAGUGCACACAGUAAAAUCCCACACUCUUACUUAAGGAAAGGUCAGCUAUAAGUUCCACUCAGGACUUCUUAGCAGCCACAACUGAUGGAAGGUGACUCUUCCUCCUCUUCCACCAUAAAAACAAGCAAAGAUUUGGAAGGAAAUGCUUUAAACCCGGCUUUGCCAAUACUAAUAAUAUGAGACAUUCCCGGGUCUUUGAAUAAAUGCUGAGUUUUUACUUAGGGAAGUGAUUCCAAGGGACCAAGAAUUAGUGGAAAUAAUUUCAGGGAAGACGGACGAACUCUGCAGCACUCAGGCCCCUGCAAUCAGACGCUCCCUCCAAGGGGGCCGGGGCCCACAGCAGCCGCCUAAAGUCUUGACACAAAAUGCAUAUCCAGAUAUAUAGUCGCUGCUCAUCAGCAGGGCGAUCAUUCUAAGAUUGAAGCUAUAAUUCUCUCCAAAUAAGCAGGCAGGUUGCUACCGGAUGAAAAGGAAUUCUCCAUUUUUCAAAAUCUCUCUUUCAAGGAUAACUUGCUCUCUGGUGGUUUUCUUUCUUCCAAAAGCGGGAAUCAAUAGCUGUUUUAAUUUAAAUGGUAACAUAAUUUUAAUUCCAAAAUGUCAGCUUAGCCUCAGCUCAGCAUUUAAUUAUGAAUAUAAAUCUGCUGGAUGCUGGGAGAGAACAAAAGGUAAGGCACUCCAGUGAGUUUAGGGCGUCUGAUCAUUUGGAUUAUGCAAGCUACUAUUUAACCUACCCAUUCACAUGGGUAGUUAAGAGCUGGUUAAACCUAAGUGGAUCUGGUGAGAGAGGUAUCAGGAGAGAUAAUAGGACAUUGUGGCCUGUGUUGGACAACGUUAGCUUGUGUUUCAGUAACACGGAGUUGAGGAAUAGCGAAUAUUUGGUGGAUUUCGUGCCAUAGCUUGGGACAGUCUAGGCGGCCAAGGAGAAGGACAGUGGGUAAUGGAAGGGCACUGCAUUUCCGUCCUUUGUUUUUGGAAGGAGGAGAGAUGGGAGGAGGAGAAGGGGGAGGGGGAGGAGGAGGGGGAGGAGAAAUCAUGACUCUUCCUUCGUUGUAACUGCUAGGAAAUCCUGAGUGGAACUUGUAGCCGACCUUUCCUUAAGCAAUAGCGGGGGAUUUUUACUGCACGCACUUUUGGGUAACAGCUUUUCCCUUUCCUAUAGCCUCGUCUUAAAACUGUACCUUUUAAAAAAUUUUUUGCAUGGAUUUAUUUAUCUACCGCAAAUGGCAUGCAGAGGAGAAAAUGUGGGCUGGUGGGCGGGGCUUCCAGAGCAGGCAGUAAACUGGAGUCUAUUUGCUUACACAGAUUUAAUCUCCAGUGUUGAUGGCUGACCCUUUCAGCCCCAGCUGCCCUAGAUAGGAGCACCUCGCUGGAAAAGUGGACAGUGUGGUCACUGAGAGAGGUAGGAAGGAAAUGACUCUCGAGAUACGUGUUGCUAAUCAGCUCCAAAUGUGACGGUUCAAUCAAGACAGCUAAGUUACGAUGGAAGGCAGAGAUGAACUUUGGCCUUGCUGAAGGAUGAUGGCAAGAGAAUCAUCAGGUCUCCACAGACGGUUGGGAAGGUCCGAUUAGUGUUUCUGGAAUGUGUGUCAUCAUAAAAAUCACCAUAGGCAGCGAGCAAGCCAAGCAUUUGAGAUUUCUAACAACUUGUAAUCAGUCACCUGUCUGAUCCCGAGUUUUGCCAGAUUCUGAAACACCACAUUUCCUAUCACAGGUCCGUCCCAUCAGAGCAAACCUUCACCUAAGUGGUUGUUCGGCUCCUAAUGUGUGAGUUUCUUGGAAUAUCCCCAUAGGCAGCGUCUCAAAUUCUUCCCUCUAGCAGCUCAUCUGGAAAGGAGGCACCAGGGACUGUACUGUACUUAUGGCUGAAAAGCUUCCGCGGGUCUGUUACUCCAGUCGGCAGACCGUCAGGGUUGGAAAUAGCAACUCCGGGGCAAGUGUUCAUGCCUCCUGCCCCCGCUGCCCACUCCGCUUCUGUGAACUCAGCAGUGACUGGACACAGGCCGAUCGCCUCCGUUUUCUCGUUUCGAGGCCGCGUGCACCCGGACUGUGCUACACGACACAGUUCAAUAUUAACCAAGACUUAACCACGCCGACUAGGAUACGAUGGACUCUCCCCAGGUUAAAAGUGAGUAUAAUAUUAAAUGAAACGCCGUGGCUUGCUCCCUGGGUUCAGGGGACAGAGACUGUCUGCGUGAGAACCGAUCACGCAGACUCAGCCUCCGGGUGGGUGGAGAAGGGGAGACACUUUUAGCUUUUCGUCCCUCUUCUUUGCUGGCAUUCCUGAAGGGACAGAGAAGGGACAGAAGAAGACCUCUCUGCCAGGAGACUGGUGUCUGGUGAGGAGAGGUGGCUCACUUUGCCCCUUAGCCUGUGAGGACUGGCCAGACAUCAAAUCGCCCUGUCCUUGUAGGAGAGCCCGGGGAGUGUGACAGAAGCCUGCUCUGAAGUGGCGUCCCAUGGCCUCUCCCGCUCCGUUCUUCAGUGACUGGGCCUCUAAUUCCUCCAGCAAUAGAGCAAUAGUGACUGUCCCUUUGAAGGGCAGUCACUAAAGAAGGAAAGGUGGAACCAAAUCAGACCGCCUCAGCCCUGCACACAGGAGACACAGUUGUCCCAGGUCCUUAUGAAAAUUAGAUCGCAAAAUGGCUGGGAAAUUCCUAGUUUCAAAAGAGGAAGACCCACGGUCAGCUCUACCGGACCACCUGUCGACCCGCCACUGGGGACCUCAAAGGUGCAACAGUGCCAUUCCUGGGCGAUGCUCCCUCUUCCUCACUGAGGGCUGGUGCCCAGGCAAGGGAGUGUGGUCAUUACUGAGAGAGCAGACAUUUUCCCUCAUGGGGUGUUAUUUUUUUUUAAUUUUUUAAAUGUUUAUUAAUUUUUGAGUGAGAGAGACACAGCGUGAGCAGGGGAGGGGCAGAGAGAGAGGGAGAUACAGAAUCCGAAGCGGGCUCCAGGCUCUGAGCUGUCAGCACAGAGCCCGACGCGGAGCUGGAACCCACGAACCGUGAGAUCAUGACCUGAGCCGAAGUCCGAUGCUUAACAGACUGAGCCACCCAGGCGCCCCGUCAUGCGUGUUAUUUUUAACAAGAAACCCAAUCGUUUCUUGCACAACAUAACCAAGGUCUCGUUGUUUUGUCAGCGUUCACCAACGUCCUACUUCUCAGUGCAGAGGGACAGCCUCCUAAGGCUCGCUGCGCUCUGUGCCCUCGGACACACGCACCCCUGGGAUGCAGCGCACAGGGCAACACAAUGCAGCACACGUGUGUCCCACACAUGAGGGACACACGCACAUGCAUGUGAGGCACACCGUGGUGCACGCACACAUGCUCACACCCAGUACACCUCCUGGAUCUUGUGGGCAAGAUUUCCGAUGCAGGGAUUCUCCAAGGCUUCCAAUGGAGGGAGAGAACUGUAAUUUGACUAACUCAUUGGGAGUCUACACACAUUCACUCAUUUUUUUUUUUUUUAUGGCGGGGGCGGGGGGGUGGAGAUUGCAUAUAAGCUAAUGUUUCACGCACACAACUCCAUGCCAGAUCAUAGAGUGCAAGCCGGGACCGCCUGCUGUCCCUGCAAAUAAUGGUCACCUCAAUUUCAAAAAAAGUAGAGGAGUUGGCAAAACCACAUCCCCACUGGUUAAACAACAUAAAGCACGUGUCCUGCUAACAGCAAUACUCUUGCAUAAGAAAAAACAUAACCAUCUCUGUGCAGAAAAAUCACUCAAAAUGAUUUUCAAAUGGGUUCUCAUGGAGGACAGCACUCUAACAUAUUUCUUUCUCCCGUGCUGCUUUUUAAAAUUUGUUUUCUCACUGAGGGGUAACCACCAUACAAUACUGUAUUAGUUCCAGGUAUAUAACGUGAUGGUUUGAUAUUUGCAUAUAUUGUGAAAUGAUCACCACGGGAGUCUACUAAGCAUCCAUCACUACAUGUAAUUACAGAAUUUUUUUUUUUUUUUUGUGAUGAGAACUUUCAAAAUUCACUCUCAGCAGCUUUCAGAUAGGCAAUACAGCAUUAUUAACUAUAGUGGCCAUGCCGUCCCUUACAUCCCCUUGACUUAUUUAUAAUGGAAAUCUGUAUCUUUUGAACCCCUUCAUUCAUUUCCCCCACUGUCCCCCCCCCCCCCAAUCUUCUGCCUCUGCCAACCGCCAAUCUGUUGUCUGUAUCCAUGAGCUUGGUUUUGUGUUUUUUGGUCUUAUUUUUAUUUUUGUGUGUGUAUGUUUUUUUUUUUUUUUUUUUAGAUUCCACAUGUAAGUGAAAUCAUAUAGUAUUUAUCUUUCUCUGAUUUAUUCCACUUAGCAUAAUACCCUCAAGGCCCAUCCAUGUUGUUUCCGUUUCUUGGCAACCAUAAAUAAUGCUGCAGUGAACAUGGGGGUACAUGUACCUCUUUGAAAUCCUGUUUUCCUUUGGAUGGAUACUCAGAAGUUAGAUGGCUGGAUCAUAGCUCUAUUUUUUUUUUUUUUUUGAGAGAGCAAGCAGGGUAGGGCAGAGAGAGAGGGAGAGAGAGAAUCCCAAGCAGACUCCGUUCUGUCAGUGCUGAGCCCGACAUGGGGCUCAAACUCAUGAACCCUGAGAUCAUGACCUGAGCCGAAAUCAAGAGUCAGACGCUUAACCAACUAAGCCACCCAGGAGCCCUCUAUUUUCAAUUUUUUCAGGAACCUCCAUACUGUUUUCCAUAGGGACUGUGCCAAUUUACAUUUCCUAGCAACAGUGCAGAAGGGUUCUCUUUCCUCCCUAAAACAUUCCUUUCUUGGCUUUUGGAUAAUAGCUAUUCUGACAAGUGUGAGGUGAUAUCUCAUUGUGGUUUUGAUUUGCAUUUCCCCGAUGAUUUGUGAUAUUGGGCACCUUUUUGUGUUCCUGCUGGCUCCCUGUAUGUCUUCUUUGGAAAAAUAUUCAGAUCCUCUGCCCAUUUUUUUAAUCAAAAAUUUUUAUUGUUACUAAGUUGUAGGAAUUCUUUAUAUAUUUUGGAUACUAACCCCCUUACCAAAUAUAUGAUUGCAAAUGUUUCCUCAUAUUCAGCAGGCUGCCGUUUCAUUUUGUUGAUGGUUUCCUUUGCUCUGCAGAAGCCUUUUAGCUUCACAUUGUCCCAAUUGUCUAUUUUUGCUUUUGUUGCCUUUGCUUUGGGUGUCAACUUCAAAAAAUCAUUGUCAAGACCAAUGUCAAGGAGCUUACUGCCUAUGCUCUCUUCCAGGAGUUUUAUGGUUUCCGGUCUUACUUUUAGGUCUAUAAUCCAUUUUGAGUUGAUUUUUGUGUGUGCUGUAAGAACACACAUUCUUUUGCAUGUGGCUGUCCAGUUUUCCCAGCACAACAUCAUGUAUCGAAGAGACUGUCCCUCCCCCGUUGUGUACUCUUGGCUCCUUGGUCAUAGGUUAAAUGACCACAUACAUGUGGGUUUAUCUGUGGGCUCUCUAUGCUGGUCCGCUGAUAUACGGGUCUAUCUUUAUGCUAAUACCAGACUGUUUUGAUGACUCUAGCUUUGUGCCCCCAUGCUUCUUAAUAAAAAUCAGGUUGAACACUUUGGGGGAAGUGGAGAGGCUUGGCCACCAAGAAAAUGCACUGCAGUCUCUUCUUCAGGCAUGAGCAUACCCCCACAAAGAGGCUCUCCAAUAUCAAAGAAGUCUUCCCCUUGUCCAUGGUUCCACUCCAGUCCACUCCCGUGGUUUGGGAGAUCCACGUCAGCUCCUUCUCUUUACUUGUUAAGUACUGGCCAGUAUGUGAUAAGAAAGAGAGCUGUGACACCCACCUGUAAUCUAGACGCUUCCGGAACAAAGACUGGAUAAAGACUCACUUUGGCCUCACCUUAAAUGCUUUUUAGCAGAGUAAGUCUCCUAAAACUUCUAAACUCCCAGGUGGAUGGGCAUGGUAGUAUGUGUCGCAAGCUUGCUCUAGGAGGCAACAGAUCACAGAUGGUUUGCUUUUCCUCUGGGCCUUCACACGACCACCUUUUGCAUUCUCCUAGCUCCCAGGGCUUGUCGUAUUCUCAGCCACGCAGCACGUGGCCUCUGCUGGGAGCAGUCUUUGCAGCCGAGGGAACCCAUCCCUCCUCACCCGUUAAACAGAACAUUUCUAGUCCAACUGAGCAGAUACAAAAUCCGGUUUGCCAUCAGCAACAUCGUUCUGGGCUGUUGGGUCAUUGUGGAAAUGGGUGUUUAGGGGAUCUGGAAUUUCAAGGGCUUCCUUUCUGCCUCUGGGAUCAGUGAAGUCAACUCUAAUCGUCGGAGAAGAACCAAAGUGGGGCACUGAAGGGGCGGACAGCAAAGCCUGUUGUCAGAGUUGGGCUUCACCUUCAAGAAUGCCAAGGUCAGCCGAGGUCCAGGUACUCUGGUAGCAUUAAGAAAGAAGUUGGGGGGGGGGGUGCCUUUGAUCAGGGAGUCUCACAUUUAAAAACUUUAGCUCAUCAGAGUUCCUGUUCUUUAGUUUAUUUUGUGUGUGCUGUGUGUGUGUGUGUGUGUGUGGUUUUUUGUUUUAAGUUCCACAUAUAAGUGAAAUCAUAUAGUAUUUAUCUUUGACUUAUUUCACUUAGCAUAAUGCCCUCAAGGUCCACCCAUGUUGUUUCCACAUCUCGGCGACCAUAAAUAAUGCUGCAAUAAACAUGGGGGUGCAGGUACCUCUUUGAAAUCCUGUUUCCUCCAUCUAUCUUUCAAAACAGUGUUCUCUAAUAUUUAUUGAAAUGUAUAUAUAUUGAAAAAUUUAAAACUGCCUUGAGAAUUCCACAAUACCCACCUUGUUUUUUGUUUUUUUUUUAAGUUCAUUUACUUAUUUGAGAGAGAGAGAGAGCAGGGGAGGGGCAGAGAGAGAGGGAGAGAGAACCACAAGCAGGCUCUGCACUGUCAGCGUACAGCCCGAGGCAGGGCUGGAACUCACUACCUGAGCUGAGAUCGCUACCUGAGCUGAAGUCAGGUGUUCAACCGACAGAGCCACUCAUUCACCCAAUGUCCACCUUUAAACAAUAGAAAGACCUUAGUUUUCACAAAAUGAGAAAAUGAGAACCGACUCUGAAGGAAAGAGUCAGUAGAGGCAUUUAAUCCUAUGGGUGGAUGGUACAGAGCCAGGCCUCAAUCUUUCCCCGUCUCUCCCCUCUUCCGGUCGUAGCAUGGCCUCAGACGGAAGCGGUCUACUACACGGUUGAACAGGAGAAAACAGUUCCUACUUAGCACAACCCGCCAAUGAAGGCUGGUUUCCCAUCUGUUUGGAGGAGGAAAUCAGCCAGCCCAGCCACACAACCAAAUGCCAUGAGCGGCCUCCAUGGUCACCCUAUCUGAUGAUAAUACAGGGCAAAGGUAGACAAUUCUGCUCUCCCAAAUGACGUGAAAGCCUUUUCUCCUGGAAAAAAAAAUCUCCAUUCCAGUUUCCAACAGCCUGAGAACCAUCUCAGCAAGAAAAAACAGUCAGUCAAUGGUAUGGAGUUGACUUUGACAAUUGUUCAACAACAGUUUCACAUGUAUGGUAUGUUUCCUAAAGUGUACUUACUCUCUAUUUCGUAAUCUGUCCGUCACUCACCAUUAAACGACAGCAAGUUUUUACAAGCAGCGGAUCAAUCAUUAUCAGAGACUGAACAUACUUCAUACACAGGCGCUCACACUGCGUUUCACCCCCUCUGUUCUUCUGAGCGGUGCUGACAUCGUUGUUUCCCGAAGGUGGUGGAUGUCAUGGAAUUCGAGCCUUCAGGCCCCCUCCUACCCAUCUGUGAGGGCUUAAUGGGGGUUUUCUUUCUCCUUCCAUGCUCUGGACACAAGGAAACAUGGGACAUCCAAAAAAGCCUCCGGGAGUCCAACUGCAAAACCCAUGUCAGUGACAUGGUGUGAUGGAUGAUUUUAAUAUGACAAGCUUAGGUAUGCGAGCAAGCUACGUUUAUCAUUCUUGUGGUACCGUGAAUGUGGUUAUUCUCGUGAACGUGUCAUUCCUGCAUGUCCGGUAUUGAGAUGAAUUUGCUAAAACUGCUUUGGCCUUCAAGUAAGCUCUAACUAACUUUGUGAGUCUGUACGUGUCUCUGUAUGUCAGAUAAACUUACCUCUGUCUUUGCUGUUCUAACUGAUUGUGUAUACUGGAAAGCAAGAAGCAAACGUGGCUUUUAGUAACUGUAUUGCUUUUUUUCUUCGCAAGUGUUCUGUUCUAUAAACUACCUUCAUGUGAAAUCAUAGUCUCCAUGGGCGGGACUCAGACUGAAGUUUGUUCAUUAGGCCACCUGUGUGAACUCGCCUCUGCUCCCAUCUACCUCUGAAAAAGACGCUACGUGUUCAGGAAAAUGGGCCACAGUCCCAGGUCACGAGAUAACCUGCACUUUCCAUGUUUGCCGAAACGCUGAACUGGAGAGUGUAGAAUUUCAGAAUUUUUUUUAAAACUCGAAACCCAAUGAAAAGCCUACAAAAUGUUUUCUAGAUGUCUUAGCAAUCACUCGGUAGCAAAAGGAAAACAAAACUUAAAACCAGACCACCACGGCUGAGUCCCAUUUGGUCCACAGACUGAUCCUUAAUGACCGGAUCUACUGUCUUCGGGAUUCUGGCCGAGUUUAAAGAGCAUGGCUUAAGUCACGGUAAAGCAGAUGGUGAAGGGGGGUGCUCCAAAAAUGCCGUAAGGGCACGGCAAGUCUUGCAGAUGGCAAAAGUGAUUACAGGGAAACAGCGGGUGUUUUAAAAUUAGGUCAGAGAACUUUUUGUCACCUUCCCAUCGCCUUUUCAUUUACUCCACAUCAAAACAUGAUGGAUAUUUCUAGCUGCUUAAAACAGGGUCUUGACCACAAACCAGACUGCUGAAACCAGAAAAGAAAGCGAGCCAACGUUUGCGGCGUUCACGAGGUACAAGCUCUGUUCUAGGCGCUGUGUAUACGUCGUCUCAUUCAGUUCCCACAGGAGCUAAUCCCCACGAGUACCACUGUUACCCCCACUCGACAGACAAGGAAACUGAGGCACAGCGAACUCGCGGCACCAGGCCAACAAGAUAGGCGACCUCCGAGCCAGUGCCAGAUACCCCCGAGCCCACGCUUCCUUGUCUGCAGGGCAGGGAUAACGCCACGGACCGCACAGAGUUGUGCAAGGGACUGAAUGAAAGCAAGUAUUUUAAAUGCUUUAUCACAUUGUCAGGCGCACAGAGGUGCCCAGUACACAUUAGGUUUCCCUCACCUUCAAUCACAGCAAAAAAAAAAAAAAAAAAAGACCAGAGACGUUUUGGUUGUUAAACAAAUGACCAUUUUCCAAACUGGCUAAUAUUAAACUAUAGCUUCUAAUCCUGCCAUUAGUGGAGAGCUUAGCUGGCACUAACAAAGCCGAGCAUGUGAUGCAAGGUGAAAGCCAGUCCAGGGCAGAAAAGUAAAUGCAUUAUGUGUCUGCCUGAUAAGGCGCUACAUGCUUUCUGUCUACACGGGGUGUUCCUUUCUGGCGAGGGGGAUUUCCUGCCAGUGCAGUGCAGGCUUGGCAGUCAAGCCUAACUAAACUUUGGUCUCCUUCAGAACGGACCAGGAAUAUAACUUGUCACCUCCCUAAACAGAGCCUCAUAUUACUGAAACAUUCUAGAAACUUAGCAGGUCACAGCAUGUUACAAAUGGCUGAGUCGAUUCUGUGUUUUCCCUCCAGGGUGAGACCAUGGUCCACCUGGGGUCUGGUGCUAACCAGAAGGAGAGGAUCACGCCAUUGAUCUGGGGUCUGUAACCAUCUGUGUCCAGCUGGAAACGGGUUUUAACGCGAAUGUAAGGAAUGAGCCGCGUACAGAGAGGUGUGACCAGUAAGGGAAUCAGCCAGGGACAGAGGAGGCGCUGGGACACUAGAUACAGGUGGAAGCCUUUACCAGCUGUCAAGCUGAAGGGGCAAGGGAGGGGAUGCUGUUACCAGAGCCCGGUGAGAGGCACAGCCACAGGGGAAGGUGGGACUCAACGGGAGCUGUAGCUGCACAGGAACUCAGCCAGGGUCAGGGUCAGAGUGGACCCCUUUGAUCUCGGCCCGUGGCUGAGCUCCACCAGAGCCACAGGGCAAGAGAGCCAAGGGAGGCAGUCCGCAGAGGUCCUCCACGGUGCCCAGAGCAGAGAAGGGCACAGAACGGACGGAAUGGCAGGUGGGAGGCACGUGGAGAACCAGCUGCACUCCGGUGUGUGGGGUCCCAGCCCUCUCCAAGCAGCCCACGGUCUACCGGCGUAGCCGAAGGGCGUUCGGUAAAACUUCCACCUUAGGCACAGACACAGCUGGGGGGGAGGGGGCCCUGGGGACCCUAGGAGCACUCCCUAAUUCCUAAGAGGAUAAACUGGAUUUCCAGAAAAUAACCACUGGAUGGCGUCGAUGCAGCCAAAGGGGUCCAGGGUCCGAGUUCUAUCCACAUAGUAUUCAAGGUGGCCAACUCCCAAAGGUUUAAUUCUGCGUCCGGCACUCGCAUUGCAGAAUACGUCAAGGUCUCCCUCUGCAAGAUACCAAAUCGUCCGCACAACUUGCCAAAUGUGAACGUCAAGUAGUGUGCUCUUCUGCUCCCCCCACCUAGGCAGGGUAUUCAGUACACUUGAACCAUUUGUUUGCAUUUGCUCCCCAACUACAUUUGCAAGUACCCAAAUUUCAGUCACAUUUCCUUGGGGCUCAAGACCGAGCAUCUGUCAUCUAAUCCAGUCUGGGGCCAAGCAGAUGAGAGAACAAGAUGGUCAGAAUGGACAGGAGUUUUUGUUUUUCUUUCCUAAUUCCACAAGGGUCGUUCAAAAAUGCAAACAGUUCACCUAAUAACUUGGGGGGAGAGGGGAGGGCUGGUCAGAAGGUGAAUUCCUUCUACGUUUCCGAAAUUCAAGGAAAUCCGAUUAUUUUCUUUCUCUUCUUUCUUUCGUAGGAAUUCUAAGGUAAGGUGUACUUUGAAUAUUUAUCGAUACGUCAGCAUACGAAUAAAUUAAUACAAAGUUAAAUUAUUGUCUGUGCACUGAAAACAUAGUGAGCGUCUACUAUGUUGCCAGACAUUAUUCUGGAAGCUAGGAAUUCAGUGAGACAAAAGGUAGACCAAGUCUCCCCUCCUUACUGCAGCGGAGACACUCAACAAACAAAUAAAGGACCGUGAACUCUCAAUAUAGUGACAGACGCUCUGAUGAAAAUACACGCACAGCCAAGAGGAUGGUUAAGCACCCAGGCCCUGAAGCCAGUCUGGUUUGUGUCUCAGCUCUGCUAAUUCUAAAUGAUUGGGGGCAAAUUAUAGACUCUCCCUCGGCCCCAAUUUCCUCCUCAAUAAGGUAGACGUAAGAACAAAAUCCAGUUCAGAGAGUUUUAUGAAUUUGGAGAAUGAAGUAAGGUAGUCCGUUCAUAUUCAGAAUCUGUAACAGUGGCUGGCAUACAGUGAGCCCCUCAUAAAGGUUAACCCUUCCCACUUUUUUUUUUUUAAUUUUUUAAUGUUUGUUUAUAUUUGAGAGAGAGACACACAGACCACAUGAUGGGGAGGGGCAGAGUGGGAGACACAGAACCUGAAGCAGGCUCCAGGCUCCAAGCUGUCAGCACAGAGCCCGACGCGGGGCUCGAACUCACAGACCGCGAGAUCGUGACCUGGGCCGAAGUCGGAUGCUGAAUGGACUGAGCCACCCAGGUGCCCCUAACUCUUCCUACUUUAGAUGAGGGCGGCCCAGGCAGGCUUCUCAGAGGAGGCAACCAGCCUGUGAAGAUCUGGUAAAAGAAACGGCCAGAGGGAAGUCCUUAGGGAGGAGUGGGCCCACAGCCUGUUCACGAAACAGAAGGCUGAUGAGGGAGGAGUAGAGGGCUGGGACCAGUGAGGCCUGCAGGGACUUGGUGGUCUUUGAUGGGAGUUUGCCUUCUGCCCUCCAGGGGCAGAAAGCCACUGGAGGUUUGAAGCAAAGGAUGCAUUAUGAUGGACAGGUAGAGGUGAAGGACAGGAAUCUAUUGUAGAUCAGGGAUCAGCGAGCCACGAUCCAUGGACCAGACGUGGCCACUCUGCCUGCUUUUGUAACUAAAGUGCUAUUGGAACACUGCCAUGCCCACCGAUUCACAUCUUCUCUAUUCCUAACCCUGCUACCGAGGCCUCGUCGAAUAGUGAUAGAGACCACAGAGCGGGCAAAGCCCACUGACUCUGGCUCUUUCUAGCAAAAGCUCAUCGACCCCUAUCUUGGAGGAAGAAUCCAUAGGGCUCGUAAAUGGAUGGGGUGUGGAUGGUGAGAGGAGAGGGUGGAGGAUGAUUCUGGGUUUCUAGCCCUGACUGGGCAGUGCCAUUUCCUGAGAUGGGGGUGCCCUGGAGGAGAGUGUAGGAUGGGGGGCGGGAAGAGAGUUAUUAGUGUGGAUGUGUUAAGUCUGAGAUGUCUCUUAGGCACCCAAGUGGAGAUUCUGAGGAGGCAGCGAGGGGUCCUGCAAAAGCUCAGGCUGAAGUCACACAUGCAGGCGUCACCUGCAGACACGUGUUCCCUGCCCUCUAUUUCCACCACGGGCACAAUUCCCACAUGACCUGCCACAAUGACCGUCUAACCCUGAGGGCCAGGAGGGGGUCACUUGGUCAGGGAAUGCAGGGCAAGAAGGGACGGGUGCUAAGGCUCGAGCCUGGGCCUAUCUGAUGCCUGAAGUCAAGCACAGGAAGAAGAGCCAGCAAAAAUGAUGGAGAAGAAGUGCCUCGUGCAGUAGGAGGAAAGGCCCCGGGGCAUGUCGCAGAGGCCAAGAGGAAACAGUGUCCACAGGCCGCAGGUCAGCUAUGCUGAAAAGCCCAGGAACAGAGAAGCUGCUGGAGCUGGUGAGAUGGCCAGGAAGGGCCUUGCACUGGAUGCAGUGGGGGACGUGAGAAGCCCUGAUGGGUGGAGCGGAGCAGGACAACAGGAGGUGACUGGAGACAUCUCCUCCUGAGGAGGAGACGAGAAGCAGACGGGGGCUGCAAGAAGGCAUGCAAAGGAGCACGACGCUUAAGAUGGGAGACACCAGAGGGCAUUUUUAAGACCCAGGUUCCCCGCCCGCCCCGCCCCACUGUCUGAAAGUGGAGAUUCCUACAGAGCCUUUCGUUGGCCGACACGGGGCAGCGCAGGGAAGCAGUUACCACUGAUGCUAAAAGUCACCUCUCGUAGUCUUUUCUGAUACCUUUGGACACAUCUUGCUAAUAGACACACAAAACCAGCACAGAUAACAGCCUGGAUGCUCGCACAGUCCAAAGCUGGGGCGGCCAGCCAGAUGCGGGGAUGCCGAGUGUGGUCCCUGGAAGGGGCUGGACACCCCUGUCGCCGCUCAGGUGCGCUGCCUCUGAAGGGGCCUAUUCGCGCUUUCGGCCUGUUUAUCAUAAAAGUGAAACUCCUCCUCGGGUUUCUUUUGGUUAGCGAAAAUGGUAUGAAGGGAGGUCUUUCUUA